UCGCUGAAGCCAGCAGCCGCCGGGGCUCGCAUCUCAUCUCUUCCCAGGAGCAAAGAAUGAUUGAUUCCAAAGAGGAAAUUAAACCCAUUUCUCAUACUUGUAUUGGUGAGACCAGUCCUGCAUUAUCCACAAGAGCAGGAAUGACAGAUCUUCGAGGACCACAGGUGCUUCCUGAGCUACCUGCACUGGCAGCCCAUGAGACUCAUCACAUCUUUGUCAGUUACAGUAACAUCAAUUCAGAGUGGGUUAGGAGCCUUAUCCAGAGCCUAGAAGCCAUGAUUCCUAAUCUGAAGGCCUGUUAUCAUGAGAGGGACUUUAUACCAGGUAAAACGAUUAUUGAAAACAUGGUUGAAGCCAUUCAAGGAAGCCAGAAAAUUGUCUUAGUCCUCAGUCCUGACUUUAUCCAGAGCAGGUGGUGCCUUCUGGAAGCCAAUCUGUCUGUCUUCCAAGACUGUUUAGGAAGGAAGCCAGUAAUCCCCAUCAUGUUGGUGCCCUGUUUUGUGCCGCUGCAGCUCAACCAUUUGACUUAUAUUGACACCAGCGACAUCCACUUUUUGGAUAAAGUUAUCAAGGUCAUUUGCACUCCCAACCACAAGAUGAAGAAUGCUACCAUGGUUCCUUACAGCCCUCCAUCCCUUUACAAUGGGAAAUCCCUCCUGGCUCUCCCUGCAGUGGAUGAUCAGGUCAUUCCACAAUGGAGAGGAGGCACAUUCAGUGAGGCACUGCCUGACCAGCUGAAAAUAUUCUGUGAAGAUACUGAGGUCUACAGAAAGGCCAUCCAGAUGAUUAAUCGGGUAUCAUCUAGGGUAUCACCUUGUUCAACAGUCAUCAUUAUCUUCGGGAUAUCAGCUUACCUGUUAGGAAGCUUAUACUUGAUGAUUGCCACCUUCUUAUUUGCUUCUUUAGACCAGGACUCUGGUGACUCCUAUAAAACCUUCCUUGGCUGUAUUAUGGUCUUUGCAACUUUGUCUACCUUUUCUGCUUUUUGUAGUUGUGCCUACAACUACAAAAUCAAAUUAGCUGAUGAGAAACUUCUGGAGAUGUCCCAGGUUGCUGGUGAGGCCAACUCAUUGCUGACAAAGAAUUCCCUGCUGAUUGGCUGCGAUUCCCGCGUGAAGCUCCAUUUAGUUUAUAUCUCCCUGGUGGGGUGCAGAAGGCACUUCUCGGAGACUUUUGGAGAGGGAGAACGCUUUGCCGAAGAGAUGUUUCAGCGAGCCUUGCACUAUUUCUCCUCUGAUUAUGCCUGUUGUGUAGCCAAGAGGCACUUCCAGUUCUCCUACUCAGGGACCACACCAGGGCACUGGGAUAAAGGGCCCUGUUUCUGCCAGUUUGUUUCCCACUGUGUGGAGGAGGGGUCCUGGCACUGGAAUAGUGAUUAUCGUCAGGAUAAAAGGAGAUUAUAUGCUGGAGAGUUUACACUCUGAGCAAGAUAGAAAUGUAGUGGACACUUCUUGGUCUCAACAGUCCUUCUUCCCUUGACAAAAAGAGCUUUGUGUAGCAGGAAGGGAUUCUUUUCUAUUUCCACUUGACCCUUAAAGAAUUUCAAAACUAAAGUAUUUGCAGCCCAAAUGUUUCCAGUGUAAAUAGCAAAGGGAUAAGAGUGCUUUCUUCAUCUACUAAGGUAGCUAUACUUGUGCACAGCCCUGAGAAGCCGCCCACAAGACAAAGGUUAGGGGAAUAAAAGUGUAAAAUACAAAGUAGUUGGAAGUGCAGACACUCAAGCACACAACAGAGGGCUUACUAAAGGCUAAUAUAGAGGCAAAUGUCCACUAGGGAACUUUAUUUACCCUCCAUUCUAGGCUUAUUUGCAGGGGAGUUAAGAAGAGAAGGCUGGAUCAUUUACUGCCUCUUAACCACAGCAUGUUCUUUACUACACUCCCUUUACUGUAGGUCAUACAAAACAGGUGGGGCAAGUGCUCAUCUCCAAGUCUAUUCUUGACAAUGUCCAAUAAGGAAUUGCCUUGCUGUAUAUGAGUGUGGGGUAGGAAGUAAAAACAAAAAACAAAAAAAAAAGCUAAAAACCAACAGAAAAGUACUAGUGAAAAGGGCAGCAGUGGGCAGAGCUGAGUAGCAGUGGAAUCAGCAGAGACCAGUGUAGAUUCUGGAAAUUCAUGCCCUCUGGACAGCAGUGUCUUUAGAUGGAUGCUAUCAGUGAUGCACUCCUUUCUUUCUGGCCUGGAAAGUUCCUGUCAGAGCAGGUGGGGAACAACAGUCGUCUGUCUAAAGGAUGAAUACCUGACUUGUCCUUUCCAGGGUCAACAUUUUAGUCCACAUGGAACAUUUUACAAGGCUGAUUUCUGGCUACAUCAAGAUGUCCCUUCUCUCUUCUGCACCUCAGUGACUGUCUAAACUGAAGUGGGUCAUCGGUUAUUUUCAGAGGGUAGUUGUUGGGUAUAUAGAGAUACAAGAAAAGGGAAGGGAUGUUAUGCAAGGGGCCUGAUUCACUGUGGCAGGGAGAGAAGCCUGGGACAGUUGCACUGACAUACUGCUACUGUUGGGCACCACGGCUUGUGUGAUUUCCCAGACCAAAAUUGCUGGGUCCUAGACGUUCAGUAAGGUUGCUGCCACUCUGCUGCUGGCCUGCCCAGCCCAGCAAUAAUGCCGAGACAUCUCUCCAGAUACAUCUAGAUACUGGAGAGAGAACUGAGGUAUCACAAAUAUGAGGCACCUUUGUGGACAGGUGAUAGAUCAGGUAUUAGUAGCUUGUACUUACACUGCUCUGUUUACUUUUCAACUUUGAUUGUGCUAGUUUGUUUGUUUGUUUAUUUUUAUUUUAUAGCCAACCCUUUUUAGUAACGGCAAUUUAGACAAUUUUGUAGCUAUUCUGUCUUUGAUGACCCAAGUUUCAUAUACAAGAAAUGGAAAUAUCUUUAAGUUCUUUCUAUUAAAUCAUGCCAAGAAAUUAAAGCUUUCAGGUUUCCCAGUUGAUUGUGAAACUGCGUCAGCUGCCAGAAUCAAGACUUUCUGAUAUUUUGAAAAUAUGCAGAGUAUUUUUGUACAGAUACUUUUAAACAGAACAUGAUUUACAGCUCAAAAAAUCAAAUAUAACUUUGAUUGGCUCAGUGGCCUACCUUCAAUCCAGAAUGAACAACAUAGUUUAGAGCAAAUAUAAAGCCAAAUUCUGCUUAAGCACAAUGAAUUUAAGGAGGGCUUAUAUAGGAUAUAAACAGUGGCAACAUUUGGUCCACUGUAUCCAUCUAUGAGUUUUUAAAAUAAAGGCUUAUAACAGAACACUUGGAUAAAAAUCAAAGUGAUAGUGUUAUUCAUUAUUUGUUCUACUUGCCUCUUUCUUUUGUAUUGCUUCUUAGAGGAUCAUUCAUCUCUUAAAUGCACUUCAGCUGAAAGAUUUAUUAUAAAUGAAAAGGAUGAUACAUUCCAUCCAACUUGCAAAUUCAGCUUGGAUCCAGGAAAACAAAGCUGGGCUCUUAAGCAUUCCUGUCCUAAGCUACAGGUUCAUCAUUCACGUGGUGAACUGAUAAAUUUGAUUAAAAGAGGACAAACACAUUGCUGUUUACAGUAACCAGUAAUAGCAUCAGCUUUGUAUCCCACAGAUCUGGCGGCUUUGCAGAUCCAAACAAGUGGAAAAAUCCCUGUGUUUACACUUUCAGUUUUGUGUUUUCAGUUGCCAGCAUAUGCCAUGUUAUCAUAGCAAAGCAUGAUUUGUUUCUUGUUUUUCUGUUGCAUAAAAUAUUUGCAGAUUGUUUUAUG